UCAGUAGUGGACCUGAGGGAGUCAGUCUUGGGAGCGGCACACCUUUGCGCGACUCCGGAGUGAACAUUCAUGGGAAAGUUACUUUAAAAAAACAAAAAACAUGAGAAAGCACUUGACUAUCCAUGCAUGAGACGCAGAAGAAACCAUCAGUUUGGAGGAGAAGAUGAGGAAGUUCCUGCUGCUCGCCUUCAUCCUGCAUGAGGCUGAUGGAAGGUUUCCUCACUGCCACUUCGCCUGGGAGAUGAAGCGUGCCAGCGACGAUUGUCACGCUCGCCUGCAGAGGUUCACAGCGCCGCCCUCAGGAUGUGACGGCGAGUGGGACAACGUUUCGUGUUGGGACAGCGCGGCGGUGGGCGAAGUGGUGACCCUCCCCUGCCCGUCGCCUCUCCUGCACUUGUUUGGAAAGAACGGGAACCUGAGCAGGAAGUGCACACAAGAAGGUUGGUCGGACGUCUACCCCGUCAUCGCCGUGGCCUGCUCGUCCAACACCACGGAGGGCCAACCUGACCAGCUGCUUUUCUACAAAGUGGUGAUGGUUCUCUCAACUUUGGGUCACAGCUUGUCCCUCGUUAGCCUGAUCACCAGCACCCUCCUCAUCUGCCUCUUCAGGAGGCUGCGCUGCAUGAGGAACUACAUCCAUCUCAACCUGUUUGUGUCCUUCAUGCUGAGGGCGGUGGCCGUGCUGACCAAAGACCUCCUGCUUUUCUCCUCGGAGGAGACCGCUGACUGCAGCCUUCAACCUUCCCUGGUUGGCUGUAAAACCAGCCUGGCGUUCCUCAACUACGCCAUCAUGGCCAACUUCUUUUGGCUCCUGGUGGAGGCGCUCUACCUGCACAUGCUGCUGCUGGUCAUCCACACCUGCGCCGCCCGCCUCUCAAUCUACAUGCUCAUUGGCUGGGGAAUCCCGUGCGUGUUCACGGUGGCGUGGAUCUUGUGCCGGAUCCACCUGGAUGACACCUGGUGCUGGGAGAGGAACGAGAGUCCCGUCCCCAGCAGGGUGUUGGACUGGCCUAUCCUGGCGUGUGUUGUCAUGAACUUCAUCCUCUUCAUCAGCAUCAUCCGCAUCCUGGUUCAGAAGCUGCGCUGCACCGACGUUGGCGGCAAUGAACAAUCGCAGUACAAGCGUCUGGCAAAGUCCACUCUCCUGCUGAUCCCCUUGUUUGGGAUCAACUACGUGGUGUUUGUCCACCUGAUGGACCCCACUGAUCCAACCCUACGACAAAUCAAGAUCUUCUUUGAGUUGGGCCUCGGAUCCUUUCAGGGUCUUAUUGUGGCGAUCCUUUACUGCUUCCUCAACAGCGAGGUCCAGUGUGAGCUGAGGAGGACGAUGAGGAGUCUGUCCCUCAGGCGUUACGCAGGCCGGGACUAUAGGCUGCACGCAGCCGCGCUCGGCAAUAAUGGCGCCAACGACAACUCGGCGCCCAGAAACUGGCGAGCUCAGUCCAUCCUGCAGACGGAGACGGUGUUGCUGUGACGACUCGGCGUAAAAAGGAAAGAACUCUUUUUUUUUUUUUCUGACUGUUUUUACAAGAAAUCCAGCAUUUAGUGAAAAUAUUUAGCUUGACUUUUUAUACUUUUUAAGCCAGGGGUGUCCAGGGCCUACAUUUAAAUUUUUAACGGCCCGCUGCGCAUUUUAAAUAUACUGUAUUUCCUUGAAUAGCCGCCGGGGCGCUAAUUAAUUUAAAACCUCUUCUCACUCUGGCGUUUACCAAAGGCAUGCGGUAAAGGCAAGCAUUCGCUAAUUAUUUUAAAACCUUAUUAAAUGUGCUUUUCAUGACGGUAUCCUUACAUCACACUCAAAUGUAUAAGCGCAGGCCUAAAGAAUUUCCGCCGGAUCAAACUAGUUUCGCCAAAUAAUUAACAAAUGCAUAGAAUUUCCACCGGGUCAAACUCGUCACGUCACGAGUGACACUUCCCCUCUCAUCAUUUUCAAAAUGGAGGAGGCUGAUUUCAAUCAUUUGAAAUCACAUAAAGGGAAGAAGAUUAAGAGCUAUUCAGUUGGAUUUAAGGUCCAAGCUAUUGAAUAUGCUAAAAAGAACAGUAAGCAGCUAUGUUUUAUUAAUAUACCGUAGCUGCCUGUGUCAAAUAUGAGUCAUUAAAUGACUCCCGCCUCCUGGUGGUAGAGGGCGCUAGUGAUCCUUCUUGUGACUACUAGGCUGCAGAAGAAGUGACAAGCAGCAGCAAGAGUGAGCAGCGAUCUUUUAUUUUUUCUUUCGCUUGCACUUUUAACAUGGAGGAUUACAUAUCUAAAAUAAAACAGUUUUCUAAACUGUUUAUUAACUAAUCUAAAACUAAUCUAAACUGUUUAUAAACUGAAUAAGAGCUACUCAGUAGGAUUUAAGGUCCAAGCUAUUGAAUAUGCUAAAAAGAACAGUAAGCUGCUAUGUUUUAUUAAUAUACAGUAGCUGCGUGUGUCAAAUAUGAGUCAUUAAAUGACUCCCGCCUCCUGGUGGUAGAGGGCGCUAGUGAUCCUUCUUGCGACUACUCAGCUGCAGAAGAAGUGACAACAAGCAGCAAGAGUGAGCAGCGAUCGUUUUUUUUUUUCCUCUCGCUUGCACUUUUAACAUGGAGGAUUACAUAUCUAAAAUAAAACAGUUUUCUGAACUGUUUAUUAACUAAUCUAAAACUAAUCUAAACUGUUUAUAAACUGAAUAAGAGCUACUCAGUAGGAUUUAAGGUCCAAGCUAUUGAAUAUGCUAAAAAGAACAGUAAGCUGCUAUGUUUUAUUAAUAUACCGUAGCUGCGUGUGUCAAAUAUGAGUCAUUAAAUGACUCCCGCCUCCUGGUGGUAGAGGGCGCUAGUGAUCCUUCUUGCGACUACUCAGCUGCAGAAGAAGUGACAACAAGCAGCAAGAGUGAGCAGCGAUCGUUUUUUUUUUUCCUCUCGCUUGCACUUUUAACAUGGAGGAUUACAUAUCUAAAAUAAAACAGUUUUCUGAACUGUUUAUUAACUAAUCUAAAACUAAUCUAUACUGUUUAUAAACUGAAUAAGAGCUACUCAGUAGGAUUUAAGGUCCAAGCUAUUGAAUAUGCUAAAAAGAACAGUAAGCUGGUAUGUUUUAUUAAUAUACCGUAGCUGCGUGUGUCAAAUAUGAGUAAUUAAAUGACUCCCGCCUCCUGGUGGUAGAGGGCGCUAGUGAUCCUUCUUGCGACUACUCAGCUGCAGAAGAAGUGACAAGCAGCAAGAGUGAGCAGCGAUCGUUUAUUUUUUUCCUUUCGCUUGCACUUUUAACAUGGAUUAUUACAUAUCUAAAAUAAAACAGUUUUCUAAACUGUUUAUUAACUAAUCUAAACUGUUUAUAAACAGUUUAUAAACUGAAUAAGAGCUACUCAGUGGGAUUUAAGGUCCAAGCUAUUGAAUAUGCUAAAAAGAACAGUAAGCUGCUAUGUUUUAUUAAUAUACCGUAGCUGCGUGUGUCAAAUAUGAGUCAUUAAAAGACUCCCGCCUCCUGGUGGUAGAGGGCGCUAGUGAUCCUUACGACUACUCGGCUGCAGAAGAAGUGACAACAAGCAGCAAGAGUGAGCAGCGAUCGUUUAUUUUUUCCUCUCGCUUGCACUUUUAACAUGGAGGAUUACAUAUCUAAAAUAAAACACUUUUCUAAACUGGACUUUCAAUCGAAGCAGGAGGUAAUAAAGGAAGAUCUCCAUCGAGACAGAGAGACUUUUAAAACUGAAGAAAGAUAAGGAAGACUUCUAUAAACAAGUUAUCGAUGCUUUUGAUCAGAAGGAGCUGCGCAUGCACUUCAUUUAUAAGUAAAGGUAAGACCAUAAUAACGUUUUUUUUUAUUAAAUGUGCUUUUCAUGAUGGUAUCCUUACAUCACACUCAAAUUUAAAAGCGCAGGCCUAAAUUUACUGCAUGCCUUUGGUAAGUGCCGGAGUGAGAAGAAGUUUUAAAUUAAUUAGCGCCCCGGUGGCAAUUCAAGGAAAUACGGUACUUUACAUCAAAUACUUGGAAAAUCUUUUUCGGGAAAGUAUUGCAUAUCUUGUGUUUUGCCAGAAAAACAGGGUUUUGACAAAAAAGGAUUAAAAUAAAAAAUAUAAACUGUAUUUAGACAAAUAUACCUGAACUUGAUCUAAAGAUUUAGGCGAUAAAUAAAAAUAUUAACAAGACUUAUUUUUUUACAUUUUUCAUGACUGAGACCCUGAGGGGUUCCUGAGCGCCAUAAAGGUAAAAAAAAAAAAAAAAGUAUAUAUUAUACUGUUUUUUAAAAAUGAGAACUAUCAAAAUGACCCCCACAUUCUUUGAUUUUUCAGUGUGGGGCCCUCAGUGGAAAAACAGUUUGGACACCCCUGCUUUAAUCAUUCAUUCAAGCCACUUCAUUUUAUCCACAUGUUUUUUAUUGUGCAAAAGUACGGUGACUUAUUUUGUUACAUUUUGUGCAGCAAAACAGUGACCGUGCCGUCAAAAUAAAACAGCGUACUUGACUGAGCGAUAACACUAACAUCAUAAAUAAAAUCUGCCCUACUAAUAAGACAAAAUAACUUACAUUUUGUUUAUAAAUAAAUCCUCAAAUAAAUAAUUGCAAAAUACUAAA